AAAUUGUCAUUUGGUGAAAUGAGAAGGUAGAGGAAAGACGAAGAAGAAAGCUCGGAAAACAAUCGCGAUGAAUCGGUCGUAAAAAAUUGCAAUCUGGGUUGUUCUUUUGAAUUAUUGGAAUUAUAGACCUCUGAAAUUAGAAAAAUGUAUAGCCAAGAGGAAGAUAUGAUAUAUGAAACGGAGGAUGAUGGAGAUGAAAUCACCGCAGAUCUCUGGCAGGAGGCGUGCUGGAUCGUCAUCAGUUCAUACUUUGAUGAGAAGGGUCUGGUACGACAACAGCUAGACUCAUUUGAUGAGUUUAUCCAGAUGUCUGUACAGAGAAUAGUGGAAGAUUCUCCUCAGAUUGACCUACAGGCAGAAGCACAGCACACCACGGGAGUCGUGGAGACGCCGCCACGAUACCUGCUGAAAUUUGAACAGAUUUACCUUUCAAAGCCCACUCAUUGGGAGAAAGACGGAGCUCCGAGUCCUAUGAUGCCAAACGAAGCCAGACUCCGAAAUCUUACAUACUCGGCACCACUCUAUGUAGAUAUCACCAAAACUGUUGUCAAAGAGGGAGAAGAUCCCGUGGAAACCCAGCAUCAAAAGACGUUCAUCGGCAAAAUACCCAUCAUGCUUCGCUCUACCUACUGUCUCCUGAACAACCUAGUGGACCGUGACUUGACAGAAUUGAACGAGUGCCCACUAGACCCUGGGGGGUACUUCAUCAUCAAUGGUUCGGAGAAAGUUCUGAUUGCUCAGGAGAAAAUGGCCACAAACACAGUGUAUGUCUUCCAACAAAAGGACUCGAAGUAUGCCUUCAAGACAGAAAUCCGAUCGUGUCUAGAGCAUUCCUCUCGCCCCACCAGUACGCUGUGGGUCAACAUGAUGGCAAGAGGGGGUGGGGGUGCCAAGAAAAGUGCCAUAGGACAGAGGAUUAUAGGAAUUUUACCAUACAUUAAACAGGAGAUCCCUAUCAUCAUAGUGUUCCGAGCCCUUGGCUUCGUGUCGGAUCGAGACAUCCUGGAGCACAUCAUAUAUGAUUUUGAUGACCCAGAAAUGAUGGAAAUGGUCAAACCAUCCUUGGACGAGGCUUUCGUGAUCCAAGAACAAAACGUGGCCCUUAAUUUUAUAGGUUCCAGAGGGGCUAGACCUGGAGUGACAAAAGAAAAGCGAAUCAAGUACGCAAGGGAAAUCCUACAGAAGGAGAUGCUGCCCCACGUCGGCGUCAGCGACUUCUGCGAGACAAAGAAAGCGUAUUUCCUCGGGUACAUGGUUCACCGAUUGUUACUGGCAGCCAUUGGUCGAAGAGAAGUGGAUGACAGAGAUCACUAUGGAAACAAGCGUCUGGAUUUGGCAGGUCCUCUUUUGGCCUUUUUGUUCCGAGGGUUGUUCCGGAACCUUAUGAAGGAGGUUAGGCUCUAUGCCCAGAAGUUCAUUGACCGAGGUAAAGACUUCAAUCUGGAGUUGGCCAUUAAGACCAGGAUUAUCACAGAUGGGCUGAAAUAUUCCCUCGCCACAGGGAACUGGGGCGACCAGAAGAAAGCUCACCAGGCUAGAGCUGGGGUCUCACAGGUGUUGAAUAGGUUAACAUUUGCCUCCACACUCUCUCACCUUAGACGAUUAAACUCGCCUAUUGGGCGGGACGGAAAGUUGGCGAGACCUCGUCAGCUUCACAAUACGCAGUGGGGAAUGAUCUGUCCAGCUGAAACACCUGAGGGCAGUGCUGUAGGACUGGUAAAGAAUCUGGCGCUGAUGGCCUACAUUUCCGUCGGUUCUCAGCCGUCCCCCAUCCUGGAAUUCUUGGAGGAGUGGAGCAUGGAGAACUUGGAGGAGGUGGCGCCCUCUGCUAUCCAAGAUGCUACAAAAAUAUUUGUGAAUGGCUGUUGGGUUGGAAUCCAUAGAGAUCCAGAACAGCUGAUGAACACAUUGCGUAAACUUCGGCGUGAAAUGGACAUUAUUGUGUCUGAGGUCUCAAUGAUCCGAGAUAUCAGGGAUCGGGAGAUUCGAAUUUACACAGACGCUGGGCGAAUCUGUCGUCCACUGUUAAUUGUGGAGAAUCAGAAACUCCUGUUGAAGCAGAGUCACAUUAAACAACUGAAGCAAAGAGAGUACAAUAAUUACAGCUGGCAGGACUUGGUAGCCAGUGGGGUAGUGGAGUACAUUGAUCCCCUAGAGGAGGAAUCCAUCAUGUUGGCUAUGACCCCAGAUGACCUCUCAGACAAAGAUGUCCAAUACUGUUCUACGUACACACACUGUGAGGUCCACCCAGCCAUGAUCUUAGGAGUCUGUGCCUCCAUCAUUCCCUUCCCUGAUCACAACCAGUCCCCCCGUAACACAUAUCAGUCUGCUAUGGGUAAACAAGCCAUGGGGGUGUACAUCACAAACUUUCAUGUCAGAAUGGACACCCUGGCCCAUGGUCUCCUGUAUCCUCAGAAACCACUGGUCACCACCAGAUCCAUGGAGUACCUGCGAUUCCGAGAGCUGCCAGCAGGCAUCAACUCCAUUGUGGCCAUUGCUUCAUACACUGGAUACAAUCAGGAAGAUUCUGUCAUCAUAAAUGCCUCAGCCAUCGAGAGAGGCUUCUUCAGAUCAUUUUUCUUCCGAUCUUACAAAGAUUCUGAAUCAAAGAAAGGGAUGGACCAGGAGGAGGUGUUUGAGAAACCAACUCGAGAAAGUGUGCAGGGUAUGCGACAGGCAGUGUAUGACAAACUAGAUGAAGAUGGAAUUAUCUCCCCUGGCAUUCGAGUCUCAGGAGAUGAUGUGCUUAUCGGGAAAACUCUCACGCUUCCUGCCAAUGAGGAUGAGCUGGAAGGUACAACCAAGAGAUUUUCCAAGCGAGACGCCAGUGUGUUCAUGAGGAGGAGUGAGACUGGAAUAAUAGACCAGGUGAUGAUAACAUUGAACCAAGAGGGUUACAAGUUCUGUAAGAUCCGUGUGAGGACAGUAAAGACUCCACAAAUCGGAGAUAAGUUUGCUAGUCGUCACGGACAGAAAGGAACGUGUGGUAUCACCUACAGGCAGGAGGACAUGCCAUUUACGUGCGAGGGUAUCACUCCCGACAUCAUCAUUAAUCCCCAUGCUGUGCCCAGUCGUAUGACCAUUGGUCACUUGAUCGAAUGCCUCCAGGGGAAGGUAGCUGCCAACAAGGGGGAGAUUGGAGAUGCCACGCCCUUCAACGACGCAGUCAAUGUCCAGAAGGUGUCCAACCUGCUGCAUCAGUAUGGCUACCACCUCCGAGGAAAUGAGGUGCUAUAUAAUGGCUUCACAGGGAGGAAACUGAAUGCUCAGAUCUUCCUGGGACCCACAUACUACCAGAGACUUAAACAUAUGGUGGACGAUAAGAUCCACUCGCGGGCUCGAGGCCCACUACAGAUCCUCAAUAGACAGCCCAUGGAGGGCAGAGCAAGAGAUGGAGGGUUGCGUUUUGGUGAAAUGGAGCGAGACUGUCAGAUUGCUCAUGGUGCCGCCCAGUUCCUGCGAGAGCGCCUCUUUGAGGCCUCCGAUCCCUACCGUGUCCAUGUGUGUAAUUUCUGUGGUCUCAUCGCUAUAGCAAACCUACGAAACCAGACCUUUGAAUGCAGAGGGUGCAAAAACAAAACUCAGGUCUCCCAGAUUCGUAUUCCAUACGCCUGCAAGCUCCUUUUCCAAGAACUGAUGUCCAUGAGCAUUGCUCCUCGUCUGAUGGUUUUGCAGUGAAGAAAUUUAAUGGCUGGCUGAAAUCUUGUGAUUUAAUGACAGACCAACAUGGGGAAAAUUGUCUGCACGACAAAUUUCCACAAGCUGAAUUAUGCCUUAGUGUGACGGAUAUUGUUCAUUGUAAGACGGACAUUGAAGAUUUUUUUCUUCGCGUAUAAACACUGAGGAGCCUAGCUACAUGUAGAUGCUGUUGAAGGCUAUCAUCCUGUGAUUGUCCGGGUUCUUGUUAUGAUGAUAGAUAUUGCACAUCCUUUACAGUGCCUGUUUUAGUGUACAUGCACGGUGCACUUAACAGGGACUAUUCUUCAAUCUGAAGUGGUGAUGAAGAGUGAACUUGCUGCAAGCCUUUUUUAUUUAAUGGUUGUCAUGCAUUUUCAUAACAUUGUAUUUUAAAACAAGACCAUUAAGAAAUGUAAAAUAAAAUCAUGAAAUGAU